AUGCUUGAUGAUUGGCCAUUGUUCGCCUCUCUAUUGCGCUAUCUAAUUAUACUUGUGGGAGUUUUUGUUGCGGUGACCAACACAGUGGCCUAUGGUUGGAUUGCAACAAAAGGAUCUUUAAGCCCGCUAAGAAGAGUAUUCGUAGGGCUUCCCUUUUUGAACGGGCUUUAUCUCUCACGUUUUGAGUAUGGAAGUUAUCAAGUGUCAUUCGGAGCUAUUAAGCCCCACGCAUUUCGAUUGUAUGAAGUAGAACUGACUGACCUUACGGUAAAGAUUUGUUCACCUCUAUCUAAGCAGAAACAAGCAUCCCCCGCGAUGAAAUCAUCGAAGUUGGGAUUGUCGUUAAGCUACAUUUCAUUGAUGAUUCUACGAUACCUAGCCCCAAAGAAAAUCGUUGUGAAAAAUGUGGUGCUUUUAUGGCCAGAUUCUGACCUGGAGUUGCGACUGGCCAGUUGUGAUAUCGGCUUAGGGUUUUCCAACGGGCUCACAGCACUGACGAUUCACCUGAACGUUUCAGGAAUCGAACACAACAAACGAUUUGUCAAGGUACGAAGAAUUCAUUACACUUUCGACAUGAAUUCAGAGUGUUCUAAAGAGGAUACUUUCAUGCGUCGUCGUAUAAACCUUAAGAGCCACAGUCAUAUUCUGGUGCUGAUUGGUGCCCAGUUACAUUUCAAUGAAAAGAUUUUUAUGGCCAAGGCCACCCAACCUGGCUACGUUGGGGCACCCGUGAACUAUGAAGCUGCCUGGGAUGCUAAGAAGGAUAGCAUAUCUGGAAUUCUUUCUACCCUGCACAGCAUUGAUGUUAGAUUUCAAGACCUUUCCAUCGCGAAAGGAACAUCUUUUCACGUCAGUAUCCCCUCCAUGUACUUGUCCCAAAAGGCCGUGAGUUUCAUGGAGCACGGUGCACUGGAACUUUUUUCAGAUCUGCGUAAUGAAGUCACCCACGAACUACUUUUGACGAUAAACUCGACAGCGCUAUCUCUGGAUAACGAAACUUUUUUGAAGUUACCUUCGGUCACUCUCAACUCUGUUUUCAAUCUAUUAUCCUUUGUCAUGAACUCCAGAAAAACAUAUCCCACUAUUGCAUGCACCAUAGCAGCGGUGGAUCCUUCAAUAUUUCUGACUCAGGAGCAGCUUGUUAAACUUUGGGAACUAUCCAUCUCUGGCCCCGCUGAAGCACAUUUAGGUCACCAGAGAAAUAAAAAUCAUUUCCAGUGGACUGAAGCUUUUGGUUUCGGAUUCUGUCCCGAAUUCGUUUGCAAAGUUAUCAUCUCCAACUUAUCCUUUACUUUAAAGCUUUCUCAAACAAAGCAUUUCGUGUGUCGCACCACAAACAUACACGCUUUGGGGCAAAAUCGGCGUAAUAUUGAAACCUGUGCUGAAGGCUUCAAGUCGAGUUCAGACGACAUGAGGGAUACGAGAGACCACACAGACAAUUUCUUGAAAGUUGACAAGUUCAGUCUAACGUUUCUCUCAUUUGAUGAGAAAGACAACAAUAAGGCAUAUGAUCUUCCCGUCGUUGUGUUCAGCAAAUGGGAGUUUUUCAGCGACAAGAUAAUUUCUGACAAGGUUAUUAUUAUGAGCACACUCCGAAAUCUCAAAGUAUCUGUCGAAGAUGUGGAAGUGAUCAAAGGCAUCGGCCAGUAUGUCGAGGAAUGGAGAAAAAGGCUGGAACCACAUAGGGUGUCGCGCACGAAGGUACAGAAUUUAAAAUUUUCUCUCAAUCUUCGUUUAAAGAACGUUGUUGCAUCUCUUAUGGUCUCCCACUACUUACCGAGAGUUUUGGAUAAGUCAGGGAAUUUGAAAAACCUCACAGACUACACUCGAGGCUCUAGUCUAGUUCUAAAAGAAGCAUUCUUGGACUUUUGCUCUAAGGGACAGAAACUUCACGUUAUAGACGGUGCAAUACAGAAAAUGAUGGAAGACGAUAAAAAGUCUCAUGUGGAAAGUCUUGUGAUAUCAGUGAAAGGUUUUGUCUUCGAACGUGUUCAAGGGAAUUAUCGCUUUUUGAUCCCAGCCUGCAGCGUCAGUCUCGACAUAAACACCGUUUGGCUUUUUUUCUACUUGAAAGACAUUGCACAGGGCUUCUUUGAAAGGAAAAAGCCAGAAAUAGCACUCAAGACUCAUUCAUCUAAAUCUGAUACUUUCAAGUUUUUCGAGUCUGUUGAGGUUGCCAUUGCUUCACUUCUCAUCAAGAUCGAACUGCCCCAUGCAAUUAAACUAAGACUUGCAAUAGAAAAUGGUGUGAUGACGGGAAAAACUAUGAAUUUUAGCUUCGAUUCUUUGAGAAUGUUCACAGCAACCAUGUAUCAGUCGAACGACACCUUUGUUCCCAUUGUCCAUCUGCAAAAAGCAUCUCUGAACUUGGAUAGAUCCUCACACGGGGAGUUCCACUUCAGGAUGAAAACAGAGACUACCUGGAUCAAAUUUGAAUAUCAUUUAAGGCUCUACAGGAUUCUGGAUAACAUCAGCACAAUGGUAAAAUGCGUUAAAGCGUUGAGCGGGUACUUUGGAGAUUUUUACAAUAUAAUAGCACGCGAACCUCAGAUAGAAGACGCCAAGUGCGUACCUCCCAUAAACUUUGAGACCAGGAUGCUCACUCUUAAUGUGGAAGAAGACCCUUUCGAGCAAGAGCUGGGGCUAAUUUUUAAAGUGGGCGUUACCGAACAAUUAGAACGCUUAGAAAAGCUCAGACUUAUAGACCAAGAGUUACCAGAGCUGCCUGGUCGUGGUGGUGUCAUACAUCCGAGCCGGGAAGAAAAGCUGCAGAAGCUUUUUGAACAAUUUUCUGUUUCGUGGAUUAAUAGAAUGAAAAAGGCUCGAUUAAGAUUUUUCGGCCGACCCUUUACGAAAAUCAAUCAAGUUGAGAUUGGAACGUCAUCUUUCAACGUUUUCGAGGGUUUGAACAGCACAAUUCUGAAAAUCGAACUCGAAAAUGUGUUCUUGAAGUUGCACCAGCCCUCUUUCCCAUUGCAUAAGUGCGACGAAUUUCUUUAUAAGUAUGGGAAAAAGAUGCCGAAAGACACUAAAUUCACAACCUUGAUCCCACUUGGAUUAGAGCUCUUUGGAUCCCGCUGUGAAUUCUCGUUGAGAGAUUACCCACUACCAAUUGUUUUCUUUCCUGACAUGCGUGUCGACGGCGAUCUUGUCUUUGCUGAGCGGAUGCCAUGUCCACUAUCAAAAAGAUAUGUUCAUGUGCCAUUCGUUCCAGGAGCAACAAGAGAAUUCUUUACAUCUACCAACUCAAUCUAUGGAUCGAAUAUUAUUCGUACUUUGAACCCACUGAAAGCGUACAUGAACUUGAAGUGCCGUGUCCAAUCCGAUAAACCUACAACCAUAACGUGGGGUAAGUCACUUCAACCUGGCUUCCAAGCUGUGAUGAUAUGGUUUGAUUACUUGACGAAACCGCCCGUGGAUCCUUCAGAAAAACUGGGCUUUUGGGACAAAGUCCGUCUUUUAUUUCACGGGCAAUUAAUCUUAGAAUGGCUUGGGGACAGCGAGUUUCACCUGAAUUUGAAAGGGUCACACAACCCUUACCUUGUGACAGAUAAGGGAGCUGGUCUUUCUUUCUGUUGGAGAGGUGAUACUCGACUGUCAUUGCACGAAUCUUCCGACCCCACAGAGUUUCUCAAUAUUACAUCUCGUCAGUUCUUACUAGCAAUAAGGGACUUCACCCACCAACGAAGACUUGAGAAAACGCUUAUGGAACUUAGCGGUGAUGUGACGUGGACCAUGGGGAUAUCGUUUGAGGCUGGUAGUACUAAGGAUGUGGGAAGCGUUGAAAGAUCAAGUUCUUUCAAACCUCAUUUUAAAAUUGAUCUCUGCAACCCUCGAUUCUUGGAUCCCAAUAUACCGCAUGAUUCCUAUGAUGGCUUCAGAAGUGACUUCAUUCAUCUUUUUUUCCAGGUAAAAAAUGGUGCCAGCGCUAAAAGUUCAAAUAAUGUUCAUCUGGCGCCCUAUUGCAUGACACAUUUUUUCAGCUGGUGGAACCUAUUUAGCACCUACACUUCGGGGCCAAUUCGGCAGGGACCACUGUUCCCGGACCUUGUUCAAAACCCAAAGAAAUUCUCGAAAGCCCUUUUCACCGUCAAAUAUUUCCUUCAAUUCUCACCUCUCAUGCUUUGCCACACAUACAUUCAUGCCGAUUCGCAACUUGGUAAUAGUGAAAGUGAUGAGACCGCUUUUACAAGUCUGAAGGGGUCGUUUGAGAGUCUGACCUUGGAUCUACACCAGAAGAGAGUCAAGAUGAAUCACACAGGGACCAAGUCGGAAAAUUCCCGAACUGUUUGGAAAUUUAGGAUGAAUGCGGGUGAGAUUGAUUGUCGUACAGCAGACAUUAGAUUGAUAUACUCACAGUUGACUUCUUCAAGAGAAGGCCAAAGUGAUGGCGGUUGGCGCGAUUCAUUUUCAGAAGGGGAUCAGAACUCAACCUUCGCGUCUACGAAGGAUGGUGAUAUCGAUCGUAAUUGGUUCAACUUAGAAGAUUACAAUGACAUCAAUCAAGGAGUCGGGAAGCGCUUUAAAAUUCGUGUGUUCGACGAAACGCCCCUUCUGUACUCUCCCAGAAUAUCUUAUUUAAGAGAAUUAUCUGAAGGCGAAUUCUUGAAAUUUCCCUUUGGGUCUGAGAGCAACCACGACUGUAUCUUGGGUCACAAUGACCCAAUGGUGACCCAAGAGCUUCUGGCUAGAACGAGAGCUCAGGAGCUGGAGGCUCAACUGUCGGCGAUCGAAGAGAUAAUUUCGAAGCUGACCCAAACGCCAAAAGCUUUUAAACAGCAUACAGACGUGGAAAAACGUUUGGAAACUUUACGUGCUCGUUAUCACGAUUUUCGGCACAGACUCCACAUCAUUCAUGUGGUUCUGGAAGACCUGAUGCUAUCAAAGCUCCCAUCAGAGUCUUUAAAUUCCGACGACUUAGAAAGUAGUGUUUCAAAUGAUGGUGGGUUAUUAGGGUCUGAGUCCCAUAAAGCGCUAUUGAAAGUGAACACUUUGUCUUCAUUUCGUUCCAUGAGAAAAGCUACCAGUGCUUUCGUCAAAUCGUCUUUUGAUAACAGGUUUAUUUUCCAUAACAUUUUGCUGAAGGUCAAUAAUAAGACGAGAGACAUGCUGCUGGACUACGUGUUCAAUGUGCUUAACAGAAAAAAAUCAAGCUUCUUUCAAACCUAUAAAUCUGUAGCUCUGUUGGAGGAGUUACUGAAGGUUAAGCUGUGGAAUAUGCCCUCGGCUCGUUCAAAGAAGGGUUUUGACGCUCUCUUAGAAGACACUUUAUCGAAUGCGGAUUUGUUUGAACGUUGUGACGAUAUUAUCAGGCAAGUAUCUGAAGAUGGUCUCGAAGCGUGCGAUACUUACCAAGUGAAAUUCGUGCUUCCUCAAAUUCAAGUGACCUCUGAAGAAGUUUCUCAAAAGUGCAUUUUGAUUACCGCAAGAGAUGUCGAAACAUCAAUCGUAGAAAUCAAUCAGGUACCAUUCUCGUCAGGUCAUAAUGCCCCUGUCGAUGUCAACAGUUUAGUUGAGACAAGAUUUGCUACCAAGUUGAAUGAGGCACACUUUUUUAUUUUUGACCGAACAGAUCUAUCAUCCGAUAACGGACUUGGGUUUGAAAUGAAUGGAUACGGGGUAGAUAGCAAGUCAGCUUUUUGGCCGCCUUGGCUUCCCAUGGAGAUGUGCUAUAAUUGUGAAGCGCUUGAGGAUUCCCUCUUCUUGGAAAGAAAUGAUAUGAUAAUGCUGUUCACCCAGCCGAACUCGCUAUUCUUUCAAGAAAAAACCAACAAGAUGAAUAGAAGCGAGGCCAAAGUGCGAAUUGGCUUUCCCAAGCUUACGCUGGCAUCAAACUCGGAUCAAUAUUCUGCAAUCUAUGCUAUUGCGGUAGAAAUGUUGCAUUUUGCCUCCAGCUUCGACAAAAAAGCCGACAAGCUUUCGAGGGUCAUGCUUGCUGAAGAAGUGCGGAACAAUUUGGACAAGUUAGAUGUAUCACUAAUAGUCAAUCUUCAGAGUUCCAUCAAGAAUCUGGAUAGAACUCGAGCUUAUUUGAAAAUGUAUGAUACUCAAGGAUACGAAAAAGUCGCACAUGUUAUUGCGAUUGAAUUGGAUGCUGCAAUUUUGGAAUUGAAUCUUCUCAUGAGUGCUAUCAAGAAAAAUCACGACAAGUUGAGAUUAUCCGGCGGUUCUGAGAGUCAUCAGGACAAGUUAUAUUGGCAGAUUGGAGCAGACGAGGUGACAUGGCGACUACUUGAUGAUCAAGAAAAUGAUUUUGUUUUAUUCGAGCUGGGAACAGCAAGCUUUUUUAGGUCACAAGCGUUGGACGGAACAAACAGUAACAAAGUUAGCAUAACAUCACUUUCAUGCAUCAACUUACAAAAGAACGUAGUCUACAGAAACUUACUUGGUCCUUAUGAGAGUACCACUGAAAGUUUGAAACCUGCGAUCGAAAUUUCCUGGCUCAUAGGACCGUCUGUAGGCGGUAUAUCCGAUUUGGUCAACCUUAUCGUUUUACUGGAGCCAUUUACUUUUAAAAUGGAUCACCGAACAUCAGACCUUCUGCUGCAGUAUUUGUUUCCUUCACAAAGCGUUGAAGCUACGCCACCGUCGAGUUCUACCAUGCGGCGCGACUCGAUAUCGUCCACUCCUCGGCAGAGUUCCUCGGGCUUGAACCUAAACUUUAGGCUGAAAAACAUAUCUUCAAAUAUCUCUUCUUCCGCGUUGGUAGACACGUCUCGAAAGUCAUCGCCUGCUCCUUCAUCUAUCUUCAGCCGGCGAAACGCGCAAGACAUGAAUGAGAUGGUCAACAGAUCAUCUCGCUAUUUCAAUGUGGGACUUGUGGUGAUCAAAAAAGUAACAAUGUCCAUUAGCUACAGAGGCUCACGAAGCCUUAUCACAAAUGUUGAUGGUCUCACGGUGAGAGUUCCAACUCUGCGAUAUUCCAAUCGACUUUGGUCUCGCGAAGAAUUCAUUGCAAUCCUUAAGAAGGAUAUCAUAAAGAUUGUGGUUCAACACGCUGGAAACAUUAUUGGCAAUAAGCUGACGUUUCAUAAAAGGAGUAAGGAACCAGAAACUGUCGAACUGCUAAGCAAAAUUGUUUCGGCUACGUCAGGCAGUCCCCAGUCUGUGCGGUUUCCCGGACACGUAAAAUCGGGCCACCCGCAUCCUUCAAACCUACCGCUGCAUCAUCAUGAUGAAACUGGUGAGCAACCUGGCAAGUCAGUCGCUGAACUGGAUACAGCGGCCAGUAGCGUCAGUGUUGAUACCUUUUUCCCGGUAACUACCUCCGACGACUCAUAA